AUGAUAACCUCUACAUCGCCCUAUAUCCAUUCCCAGCUCGCCCAGGGACUUGCACCUGCUAUCUCUUCCAUUUCUAGCACAGCUAAGGAAGAUUCACUGCCAAGAUCCCAGAUUGCCCUUGUCUUGCAAGGGUUACGCCAGCCAUAUACUAUAACCCCAGCCCAUCCAGUUCCCCUCUUAUCGUACCCCGACGAGCUCAUGAUCAAGAUCCAAGCCAUCGGACUAAACCCGAUUGACUGGAAAUCAGUUGACUAUGGCUUCGGGAUUCCCUCUCUCCCUUACAUUGCUGGUCGGGAUUUCGCUGGUGUGAUUAUAAAGGCACCUCGGGCAUCUUCCUAUAUAGAAGGCGAUGUGGUCCUCUGUGCAUCCACAGACUACCGUGAUCAACGAAAAGCAGCAUACCAAGAGUACGCUAUCGCCCAAGAACAUACAGUUUGCAAAUUGCCCUCCCAUGUUCCCGUCACACACGGUGCUGCCCUGGGGGUGGCCUAUGUGGCAGCCACCUUGGCUCUGGGGGUAUGUCUGGGCCUUCGGUUCCCGGCCUUAACAGGUAACGAUCUAUGCGACGUCCUGCAAUCGUUACCGCCCGACUCUUUCUCUGCUGAUGUUCGAUCCGAGUGUCAGGAGUCGAUCGACGAGCACGAGAGACCUUGUACAGGGGAUUGGGUCGCCAUAUGGGGUGGAUCGUCCACCAGUGCGCUAUUCUUGUCCCAGAUCGCUAGCCUUGCAGGCUUGAAAGUCAUCUUGGUAGUGGAUGUGGCGAGACACGGAGCAAGGCUAGCCAACUCUGGCUGUCUUCUCGUUGACUGCCACGAUCCCGCUAGGGCUGUCGUGACUAUUCGAGGCAUCACCCAGGGAAGCCUCCGAUUUGGAAUCGAUACCGUUGGCAAAGAAACUGCAACCCAACUCACCCAAUGUCUCGAAGCGGGUCCGGAAAAGAGAGCCCAUCUCGUUGCCUUGGCGGCGCUCCCGAAAAAAGAGGUACCAGGAAUUGUUUACCAUUCGGUACCCAUGAAGAUCUUCCACGAGGUGCCUGAAAUUGGGAAAUGUCUGAUGCUCUGGCUAGGAAUAGCUCUAGAAAAGAGCUUAUUAUCACUUCCCACCAUUUCAACAGUUCCAGGGGGUUUGAGUGGGAUCAACACAGCCUUGGAUCAAAUGCGCCAGGGCCAAGUGUCAGGCAGACGGCUGGUCGUUCCUAUUUAA